GACUAUUCAACUAUUCAAACGGAAAAAGAGUCUUAUCGAAUAAGUUUAAUGGGAACAAAAAAUGUAGAACAUGAAGACCUUGUUGAAUUACAAAAUAUUUUGGAUGAAAUUCUAAAUACAUCACCAGAUUCAAGAGAAAAAUCCAUCGAUUUAUCCCUUGAACAGGACUAUUCAACUAUUCAAACGGAAAAAGAGUCUUAUCGAAUAAGUUUAAUGGGAACAAAAAAUGUAGAACAUGAAGACCUUGUUGAAUUACAAAAUAUUUUGGAUGAAAUUCUAAAUACAUCACCAGAUUCAAGAGAAGAAUCCAUCGAUUUAUCCCUUGAACAGGACUAUUCAACUAUUCAAACGGAAAAAGAGUCUUAUCGAAUAAGUUUAAUGGGAACAAAAAAUGUAGAACAUGAAGACCUUGUUGAAUUACAAAAUAUUUUGGAUGAAAUUCUAAAUACAUCACCAGAUUCACGAACAGAAUCCAUCGAUUUAUCCCUUGAACAGGACUAUUCAACUAUUCAUACGGAAAAAGAGUCUUCUCGAAUAAAUUUAAUGGGAAAAAAAAAUGUAGAGCAUGAAGAUUCUUAUAAUCUAUCGAAUACUUUUAGUGAUUCACAAGUUACUCCCAAUUAUUUGGAAAAAGGAUUCCUUGAGUUACCCUUAGGAGAUCAAUCUUCAACAAUUAAGAAUGCUGGUAUACCCUCCAGUACAAGCAAUUUAAUGCUCACAGAAAAUAAAGAACAUGAAAAAUUUGUUGAAUUAGAAACUAUUCCUUUUAAUCCUCCUAUAGAACAACAAAAUUUAAUAUUUUAUAUUGAGGAAAGAUCCUCUAGCACAAACAAAUUAAUGCACAUAGCAAAUGAAGAAUCCACUGAACUAGAAAAUAUUUUUCCUAGUUUUUCUAUAAAUCAACCCUCUACAACUAUUAACAAUAAUGAAGAAGAUCCAAGCUUAGUAAAUACAAUAAAACAAACAUCAGAAGAAUAUAUAGGAGAUGGAAAAAUUGAUGAAAAAAUUUGUGGAGAAAAUGAAUUUAACAAACAAAUUUUCUUUAACGACUUAUCCGUUAAUGAUUAUAGUACGGAUGUUAAUAGUGGUGAUGCACAAUCAUACAAAAGAAGUGGAAAGAAGAGAAAUUACGAAGAUAUUGAUGAUUCAGAUGAUCAGGAUAUUGGAGAUCGUAUAUAUAUUUCUCCAAGAAAAAAAUACACUUAUAAUAAAAAUGGUGAAAAUAUGGUUUGUUCUGUUUCAAAUAUUUUCAAAAUGGAAAUUAAUUGCUUAUCACGUGAUGUAGUUCCAAAUUUAGAAAAAUUAAGAGAUAUAUUAAAAAAUGAAUACAAAGAUACAUAUAAUGAUUUAAAAAAAAAAUUGAACAUAAUCAUUUUGUCAUUGAGAGACAUAAUAACUGAGGAAAUACAAAAAAUUAAUAAUUCUGAUCUAAAAGUAAUAAAAAAUUAUUAUGAUCAAAAUAUAGAGGGAAUAAAAUUAGUCAAAAAAAUUAAUAAUUCUAUUUUGUCAUUUAGAUAUACAGUAAAUCAUGAAUUUAAUAGGAUAGAAGAAAUAUUUGAAAGAAUAAAGCAUUUUUUAAAAAUUCUUCAUGAUUUAAACGAUGAAUAUAAAUUUCUACAGGACAUAUGUUAUUUUAAAUCACUUAUUAUAGAUAAUUCUAUGCAUAAUAAAUUAUUUUCUCCUUCAUUUAUUCUAUCAUUUGAAACUUUAAAGCGUAUUUUUGAAUUAUUGAAAUUCAUGGAUAAGUUAAUAGAAUGUAUAGAAGAAUCACUUAAAAACGGAUUUAUAUUAGGGGAUCGUGUUUAUUUUUGCAUUGUUCAAAGGAUUAUAACUCUUCUUAAUGUACAGAUAAAUACAGUUAUUAGAAAUAAUUUGGCCAAACUUGGUGAGUUUUUGAAUUUAUUGAAUUUAUCAUAUGAAGACUACGGUAUAAUAAUACAAACUAUUUUUUUUUUUUUUAAAAAAGAAAACUUAAAAACUAGGGAAAAAUUAAAGCAAUACUUAAAUAAACCCUAUAAAAAAAAUUCCUUAAAAGCGAUUUAUGAUUUUUUAUUAGAGGAAGAAAAGUGUAUUUUAUGGUACUAUAAUGAAGCAUCUAAAAUUUUUAAUUUGAAUUUAUAUGACAAAAAUGAGAAUGGUAUAUCCUUCAAUGAUUUAAUAAAUAAAGAAAGUGCUGCAAAUAAUUUAUUCUCUCUUUAUGAAACCCUUGUGAAAUUGAUUGGAGCUUCAUUUAUUAAGAAACAGUUAUUCAUUAUUAUGAAAAUACGUAAAUCAUUAUUAAAUAUGAAUUCAUUGAAAAAAAGGAAAGGUGUUUCAUAUGAAACAAAAGAAAUUUUAACAGAGGAAUUACAAUUGAAAUUACUUUCUCAAAUAGAAACUGAAAAAUGUAAAAUGGAAAAAGUUAAGUUAAAUAUGGUAAAUUUACGUUUAUUUGCUAGUGUGAAAUAUGAUAUGAAAAAUAUUCAAGCAUCAAAUGAUCUAAAAAAUAAAAUAAAGGAAAUUAUAUCAGUUUUAAAUUUCGUUCAUAAUAUAAUAUAUAAAAAUAAAGAAAGAAAUAAUUUCAAUCAUGAAGAAAUGGAUAAUACAGAAAAUAUUUUGCUUGCAUUAUAUUACGCCAACCAAAGGUUUAUAAAGCUUACAGAAAAAGAAAAAUAA